AUGGAGCAACAAAACCAAAAUAAUACGCCAGAUGGUUCAGGAGAUGUGCCUCUGAAGCGCAAACGUGGUCGCCCACGGAAAUACCCAAGGCCAGAUUCAGCAGAGAGUUCCUACAUGCAACUUAGUCAAAACAGAAAGCAGACUCCUAUUCGUGCCGAACAUUCCCCAGUACCUCCUGGAUUUCAAACAGUUAAUGGUAAUGAACACCUUCAAAGGGGCCUAGAAAGUGAACCAAAUGAUGCAGCGGUGGGCCAGGUUGUUUCUGGUGUAAUUGAGGCAAUAUUUGAUGCUGGAUAUUUGCUCAGUGUUAGAGUUGGUAAUUCCGAUACUACUUUGAGGGGACUAGUCUUUAAGACUGGACGUUUCGUUCCCGUUUCCCCUGAGAAUGAUGUGGCUCCAGGUGUUCCAAUGAUCCAAAGAAAUGAGGUUCCCUUCCCUUCAAGACCUACUCAGUUUCAUACUCCUCUUUCAAAGGAAAAGAAUGGGCAACCUGCUAGCACUUCUAGAAUUGACACCCUUCCAAUGAAUGGUUCACAAUCUGUCCCUCAGGUUCCCAGAGGAACAGUUAGUUCUGGUAACAUGGUUGCUGCUUCCAGAACGAACGUUCCUUAUGCGACUGGUCAAACCGCUGAUCAACUAGCCAGAGGUAAUGUGGUGCCAAUUUUGUUCCAACCUAGCUUUUUAAACGGGAUGACGGCUUCUACUUCACCAGUACAAAUCACCCCAGUUUCUCUAGCGGGUGGGGUGAAUAUUGCGGGCAAGGAAAUUCCUGUAGAUGGAAAUCAAGCACUUAAUUCUCCUGCUCAAACUAGCCAGAAUUUGUUUCCAAGUAGCAUGCAGAGCAAAGGUGUUCCCUCGAAUUAUCAAUCUUCCGAUGUGUUGAAUAAAUAUGCGGACAAAUCAUCAACAGUGGCUAGCAUGCCUUUUGAGCAACUGGUUACUGAAGGUGUUAAAAGGCUCGAAACUCCAACAGAUGCCAUGGAUUCAAAGACCGGAAACCGCACAUCAGGCAAUAAUUUAGCGUCAGAGGAUCCCAGCAUUAUGCAGGUAGACAAAGUCAAUGACGCGGGUCAAUCUGUCUUGGUUGAGCCUAAUUUCGCGUCUGCUUCCAAAGCUUCAGACUACACUGAAACUGGCAAAAUGACGGAGCUUUUGCAGCAGGUUCUGCAGAAUAACAAAACAGAAAACCAGGAAGGCAAAGCAGCAGAGGCAGGAUCUGGAGACAAGUUGGGUGAUAUAAGGACUUUUGGAACUGGAUUUCAAGAUGGUGGAACUGUUCAUUCAACAAAUCCUUUCUGA